CAAAACUGCUCUAUCCCCAUUUCUUAUACUCUCUCACCACUCACAUGCACCCUUCAAUUAAUAAAUACCUUACUCCUUCUUUCUUAUAUAAUGUUCCAUAGUGGUAGUACUCAAUCACAUGUAUACAUACACUAUGGACCUUCAUUUGACUCUCGCUCUCUCCAAUUCUCUUGCUUACAAUGCUUCUACCAAGACUCGUUUCCCUAAUACUAAGAAACGUAGUUUUUCCCAACUCUUGCAACAUGCAGAAGAAAUGUCUAGUAACAUCAACGGAUCAGAUGUUGUGUUUCCCACUUUGUCUCUCCUCCCGUUAACUCCUGGCCACUCAGAUCAUCAUGAUCAUGAUCAUGAACACUCCUGUAACAGUUCCACUUCCACUAUCACCAAGAGAGGUGAAGAUGAUGAAGAAGCUCUCGUGGGUUGGCCUCCGGUUUAUCAUAGAAGGAAGAAACAUCGUUAUAAUGAGGAUCACGUGGUGUCAAGAAAUUACGUGAAGGUGAAGAUGGAGGGUGAAGGAAUAGCUAGAAAAGUUAAUCUCAGCAUGCACCAUUCAUUUCACACUCUCAACCACACUUUGUUGGACAUGUUUGGAAAAUUAUUAACAGGUGAUGAUGAUCAAAAGUAUGAACUGGUUUAUCAAGACAAAGAAGGUGACUGGCUUCUUGCUCAAGAUGUUUCAUGGAGAAGUUUUAUGGAGUGUGCCCAACGCCUCAAAUUGCUCAAGAGGAGAGGAUAACUCAACCCAAAUCUUCUUUAAUGUUUUAAUGGAAACCCAAAUAUUAAUUUGGGGCUUGCUAACGAGUGACAUCGGAU